ACACGCCAACACCCUCUCCUAAUCUUUCUGUGUUGGUACCCGAACCCUAUAAAAACACCAUUUUACUUUGCAAGAAAGCACUCCGUCAAAGCUCUUUCAACUUCAAUCUCCCUCCCUCCCUCCCUCCCUCUCUCCGAGCAGAAGGACGUGCCCACCAUCGUCGCUUCUCUGUAGAACCAAGCCUCUCACCAGUCUCCUCUCCCAUCAAAUGGUCUCUGAAGGCAAUGAUAAUAUCCAGGUUGUCCUUACCAAGCCUUUAUCAGUGGAAGGAGAUGUGGCGGCUGAUUACAAGGCUCCUAAUCUUGUCCAACGCAUGUUAAGCCUGAUUAGAAAUAUACGGCCAGGAUCGGAUCUCACCAACUUCCAGCUUCCACCUCUAUUCAACAUUCCAAAGUCCCAGCUCCAAUGUUUUGGUGAAUCAACCUACUGCUUCAGCAAAAAUCUGUUGCAGCAGUGCAACAAUGCUGAGAACUCACUGGACAGAUUCACCUCUGUUGUAGCAUGGAGCAUAUCUACUACACGUCCUCCCUCUUUUGGUGUUGCCCCUUACAACCCCAUUCUUGGAGAGACUCACCAUGUUUCCAGAGGAAGCCUCAAUGUUCUACUUGAACAGGUGUCCCAUCAUCCACCAGUUUCAGCCCUCCACGCGACGGACGAGAAAGAAAAUAUUGAGCUGAUUUGGUGCCAACAACCUGUUCCAAAAUUCUAUGGCACAAGAGUAGAAGCUGAAGUGCUUGGAAAAAGGCAACUUAAACUCCUGAAUCAUGGAGAAACUUAUAUGAUGAAUUCACCAAAGCUCAUGAUCAGAUUUCUUCCACCUCGGGUUGAUUGGAUUGGCAAGGUAAAAAUUUCUUGCCAGGAGACUGGUCUUGAAGCUGAGUUAUGCUACAUUACCAGUUCUUUACUAGGACGUAGAGGAGAGCAUCGCGUUAAAGGAAAGAUCUACCAGUCUUCAUCUAUGAAGACCCUUUAUGAGGUUGAAGGAUACUGGAGCAGUAUUGUCAAAGCCAAGGACAUUAAUAGUGGCAAGGAGACAAUUAUAUAUGAUGCAAAGGAAGUGUUCUCUGAGCUCAAGACUCCUAUAGUCAAGGAUUUGCAGGGAAUUUGGCCAACUGAAUCAACUGCAGUGUGGAGUGAGGUGAGCAAAGGCAUACUGAGCAAAAACUGGACGAAGGCAAGAGAAGCAAAGAGCACAGUUGAGGAUAACCAGAGAAAACUUGCUAAAGAGAGGGUAUCAAAGGGAGAAACUUGGGUUCCUAAUCAUUUCACUGUAUCUGAUAGCAAAGAAGAUGGUUGGGACUGCUCACCUAUUCAAGAAAGAGUCCCACCAGCCCCCAUUGUUGUCCCUCUUUAAUAUUCUUUGAUUUGUGGUAAUCUAGCAGUUUACAAUGAACAACAUUUAUGUGGUUUAUCAGGUUUUAAGUCCCUUCUCUUGGUUUGUUCAUGCGAUUAUUCUAUUAUCAGCAAAGAAAGGAAGGUUCUAUACUUCCGUUAGUAGCUGGAGAACCUUCCUGUAAACAAGGUUUGAGCUUCAUUGAUUACAGUACUUCAUCAUCCUUAACCAAAACAGCAAAUAAAUUAUGUGAUUACUAGGUAUUUUGCAA